UGUGUACAAGCCUCAACCCAUUCAAGACGUCAAGAAGCGAAUUGAAGCUACGAUCAAUCAAUACCAAGAUCGAUCUCUUGAAAACAACCACCUAAACACCCACCUAUCUAGUGCACGGCAAUUGCCUACCUCUGUCAAGAUGGCUGGCAUGGAGCACUACCGCAUGGCGAUGGACCCGGCUAUCCAGAAGCUGGGGAACAUGACCACGAACCGUCACAAGUUCUUCCGAUGGACUCCGCGAACCGCGCGUAUCACCUUCAUGUACGCCAUCGCCGUGCCGACCAUCCUCGGCGUCAUCGCAUACACCACCGACGGAAAGUGGGAUUUGCGAGCGAAGAGGAAGGGAGACUUGAUCAGUGAGUUCUAAGAGAAGAACCCGCGUGGGAGAAGCUUGAACGACUGUAUAUAAGGCUAGGCGAAACUACCGCAAUUGAACGAGGACUUUGACCAAUGAA